CCGCGGGAGGGCUGGGGCGUCGUGGCCGAUUUUCGGCCCGACCCGGGCCUGUCUGGGCCUGCUUUUGGAGGCCAGCCUCUCCCUCGACUUGCCUGCCCAGAGGGCGACCUUCCACCUGCCCGGCGGCGUGGGCUUGCCCUCCUUUCUGUGGCCCUCGACUCUCGGCCUGAAGGGUCGCCUCUUCCUUCCUGCCCAGCCUGUCCUUUCUUCGUCCUUGGACGCACUUGGCCCGGAACCACCAACGCCAGCCUGCCCUUCCGCCUUGCCCCCGGCCCCGGGAGUGACAGCUCCGACUUUUUGCUCGCUCUCGCGGAAGUCUCGGCGCGAGGAGGGGCUUGUUUUCCCGAACGGUCCCAGAGUAUAUACAUUCCUAGCCUGUUGGGUGGAGACAGACAGAUUGUGGUUUUUUUCGGCCCUCUACCCGCCAACCCACCGUGAUUUACGGAACAAGGUGCAGAAUGAGUACCUCACAGGACCAGAGUGGCUGCUCCACUAAUAGAGAACCCCUUUUGAGGUGUUGUGAUGCACGGAGGGACUUGGAGCUUGCUAUUGGUGGAGUUCUCCGGGCUGAGCAGCAAAUUAAAGAUAACUUGCGAGAGGUCAAAGCCCAGAUUCACAGCUGCAUAAGUCGCCACCUGGAAUGCCUUCGAAGUCGUGAGGUGUGGCUGUAUGAACAGGUAGAUCUUAUCUAUCAGCUUAAAGAGGAGACGCUUCAGCAGCAGGUCCAACAGCUCUACUGGUUGCUGGGCCAGUUCAAUUGUCUUAUUCAUCAGCUGGAGUGCACCCAAAACAAAGACCUAGCCAAUCAAGUCUCAGCUUGCCUGGAGAGAUUGGGCAGUCUGACCCUCAAACCUGAAGAUUCGACUGCUUUACUCUUUGAAGCUGACAUAACUGCCCUGCGGCAGGCAAUCACCACAUUUGGGUCUCUCAAGACCAUUCAAAUUCCUGAGCACUUGAUGGCUCAUGCUAGUUCAUCAAAUAUUGGGUCCUUCUUAGAGAAGAGAGGCUAUAUCCCAUUGCCAGAGCAGGGUCAGCACCGAGCCAAGAUUAAAGAGCUUGGGUCUCCUGUUUUUCUGGCACUUUCUGCCGCAUUUGACAUUGCCUUGUUGAGCAGCAAAGUACUAUGUGAUUCGCAGAAGUCGGCGUCCAGCACCACAGCCGCCCCUCUCAGUGGAUGGCUCCUUGGAAGCAAACCUGCCGUAGGCCGCCAGGCUCCUCACCCGCCCAGCACCGACCUCCAGGCCUGGCUCAGCCACGAGCAGACCUCGGAGGACAGUCAGAUGUCUGCUCGAGCCUGCAGUUUCUUGAAUAAAGUCUGGGGCAACCUAAAGGGUUUGGAAAACUGGCUCCACAAGAGUCAGCAACAAGAAGUUUCUGAAAAACCAAGUUUCCAAAAGUCUAACAGCUAUUCUACUACCAGUUCUUACUCCAUGGAAAUUGAAAAGGUUGGAGAUCUAGAGCCUCUUGAUCAAGAUGAGAUGGAUCUUUCUGACUGGCUGGUAACUCCCCAGGAAUCCCAUAAGCUUGAGAAGCCAGAGAAUGGCGGCUGUGAAACCACCAGUGAGAAGUUUAAGCUCUUAUUCCAGGUGUUCCAGGAGUUCUACAGUGUGAAUGAUUGGCUUGUCAAGUCUGAUUCCUGUACCUAUUGUCAGGGUAACCAGCCCAAAGGUGUGGAGAUUGAGAACCUGGGCAAUCUGAAAUGCCUGAACGACCACUUGGAGGCCAAGAAACCCUUGUCCACUCCCAGCCUGACUACUGAGGAUUGGCUUGUCCAGAACCAUCAAGACCCAUAUAAAGUAGAGGAGGUCUGCAAAGCCAAUGAGCCCUGUACAAGUUUUUCAGAGUGUGUAUGUGAUGAAAAUUGUGAGAAGGAAGCUCUGUGUAAAUGGCUUCUGAAGAAAGAAGGAAAGGAUAAAAAUGGUAUGCCUGUGGAUCCAAAACCUGAACCUGGGAAACAUAAGGAUUCCCUGAACACGUGGCUCUCUCCAUCCGGAAGAGAGGCAGCAGAGCAAGCUAGGGCAGCAAAGGCGACGGCUGCUCGAGUUGCUGAUCCCUUCCAAGUCAUAAGGAACAGUCCCUUGUCAGAGUGGCUUAUGACCCCCUCACACAAAGAAGGAUGUCCCAACAAGGAAGCGCCUCUUACAGAGGACAGGGCCGGCAAACAAAAGCUCACAAGCCCCUUGGCCACUGCCUGGUGUCCCUUUAACACAGCUGACUGGGUCUUGCCAGCAAAGAAGACAGGAAAUCUUAGCCAGUUAUCCUCAGGAGAGGACAAGUGGCUACUUCGAAAGAAGGCCAAGGAAGUAUUACUUAAUUCACCCCUACAGGAGGAACACAACUUUCCCCCAGACCGUUACGGCCUCCCAGCAGUUUGUGAUCUCUUUGCCUGUAUGCAGCUUAAAGUUGAUAAAGAAAAGUGGUUGUAUCGAACUCCUCUACAGAUGUGAAGGAAUCAAGUACUAGUCAAGCAAAUUUUCUGCAGAUUAUCACAAAUCCAUGAGCUGAGUGACUGUGGCUUGCAAAAUCAUUGUCUCUGGGUCUGAUGUAGUUCCUUUUCUCCCCAAUUUUGAACUAGUGAAGAGAAAUUAGUCAUCAAACUAUGAAUUACUGUGUAAAAGAAAAAGGCGAUUUGUUGAUGCUGAGGUGAUUCAGGUUCUUGCUUUCAGAAGUAUUAAUUCACCCCUGUGCUAGAAAUGCAUCUUAGUGGGUAGGUCUUUCUCAUAAGCCUCCAUGGCUCCUUAGAUUGGGUGGUUAUUACAAGUACAUUAAAACACUGUAGUUUUAAAAAUGAAAUAGUUCUAUAAUCAAAGUGUGUUGAUGUAUUCUAAAGUUAGUAAAAUUACCUUUUGACUGGCAGUCUUUGGAUGCUUCCCUUAUCGUGGGUUUUCUUCCAUUAAUGGUGAAUUCUUCUAUUUAAUUAAUAUACUAUUGCAUUUUACAUCAUAACCUUGCCAAGAUAGUGGUUUUUUCUUACCAAAACACAUAUUGAAAAUCUUGGCAAUUUUUGACAUUUAUCACAAAACAUUUUAGCUUAGGUGCCAGAUUCUACAUUAUUUUUCUUCUUUUGAAAGACAUUCCGAUUUUGCAAGAUCUGUCUUUAUUUCCUUCACUAAAUAUUAUGAAAGAACAUCUCUUUCAGAAGGGCUCCAUAUUGCUUGAAGACUAUAUUCAGAGUAGUUCUAGCCUCUUCCAAAAUAUUCUGAAGAACUGCAGGCAGCAGAGCCCCAGUGCCGACUAAUCAAAAAGCAAAGUAUGUUGGAAGGUGUACUUGAACUGUUCACUAUCUUAAGUGUUAUUGGUGCAUCCUGUGUAAAUGGAAGCUGAACUUGACACCUGGUGCUUUUAACUAGGCAUAAAUUACACGUCUGCUCACUGCAGGCACAGCAUACCUAUACCUCUAAUAAAAGUGUAAUGCAGUGACAUUUUAGUGAAUAGGAAGUUUUGAACACUUGUGCCUUGGGGUGUUUAUUGAAGCUUUAUGAAAACUAUCGAUGUUUCCUUAGUAUCCUUAAAGUUAUGUCCGUGCUUUAAAAAGUUUGUCUGUAGGAGAGAGGUGGUAUUUAUACCACGUUUUAAAAUUCUCUAAAAGAGACAUCUUAGCUGCUUUCCAAACUAUUAAGCCACUCAACUUGCCUGUUACUGGAAAUACCUUUACAGUUUGUGAUGUGGUAAUCUAGACAGCCCCUUUGGGGAAACUUCACAGUCCCAGUGUCGUUGCCAUACAGCUUCACUAGAGUUCUUAACCACAGCUGAAAGGAGCCUAUUUUUAGUUCUUCCAGAUACCAUUUAGAACUUUAAAAGGUGGUGGGUAAAAACUUAAGCAGCUUUUCCAUUAUCCUAGGUUGCAGGAAACUUUGUAGUUGAGGUUUAACACGUUGUGUAUCCCUAAAUUAACAUUAAUCACUAUGCUAAUGAGUAUGUAAACCAUUCUUUUGCAUUGAUGCAUUUUGUAUCUCCCUCCAUUCAUUAAAAGCCUAACAGCCA